AAACAUACAAGAGCUUGAUUCAGUUCUCUCGCGAACGUUGAGCAGUCAACAGCCACACAUAGUACAAAAACAUACAUAAAGAAUAUUAUCAAUUAAGAUAACAAUGAUUCUCAAGCGAUUAAGUACUUUGAGUCAAAAAGUUUCUAAAUCAGUUACAAGAAACUUUAGCUCCUCAAAAAUCCAUAAAACUGCAACUGCAAGUUACAUCCAUAGGGUUGAAGACGAUCCAUUAAAAUUUUUAACAUUCGGACAAUGCCUGAAGAAUAUAGCGAAUCGAUAUCCUGACAGGGAAGCAAUCGUGUCAUGUGCAGAAAAUUCAUCAAUCACAUUUGCGGAAGCACUUGAUAAGAGUGACAGAUUGGCAAGUGGAUUAUUAAAUCUCGGACUUAAUAAAGGCGAUAGAGUUGGCAUAUGGUCACCAAAUUAUGAGUUCUGGUAUAUCAGCAUGAUGGCAAUGGCACGAGCCGGUCUUAUCUGUGUGGCAUUGAACCCAGCAUACACAGUUCCUGAACUUGAAUAUUGCAUCAAAAAAGUUGAUAUCAAGGCUAUCAUUGCUCCAGAAGUAUUUAGGAAGCAGAAGCACUACAAUAUGCUUACAUCACUAAUCCCUGACAUGGCAAAUUCAAAAAGUGGAAGUAAUGAUUGGGACAACACAAAGAGCUCAUUGAAAAAAGUCAUAAUAAAGAGCGAUAAGAAACUGCCUGGCGCCAUUCAAUACGACGACUUAAUAGGAUUAGCAUCAGAAGCUGACCUAAAAAGUGUUGAAGACAUCCAGUCAACAAUAUCUCCAGACAGCGGAUGUAAUGUUCAAUUUUCAUCAGGAACUACUGGAAAACCAAAAGCAGCAUUGCUUAGCCACUUUUCAAUGAUUAACAACGGAUAUGAUGUUGGCUUGCGACAUGAAUUCCAUAAAAUGCACGCUCGAGUUUGCCUGAAUAAUCCCUUAUUUCACGUUUAUGGCUGUAUUAUAUCAAUAGCAAAUGCUUUGUGUCAUGGUGCGACUCUAGUCUUUCCGGCGCCACAUUUCAGUCCUGAGGAUUCACUCAAAGCAAUUGUGAAAGAAAAUUGUAAUGUCAUCUAUGGCACACCCACAAUGUUUGUUGAUCUAGUUGCCAAGCAAAAGGAACUGAACAUUAAUCUACCUCAAAUUGAAUUGGCAAAUACAGGCGGUAGUAUAUGCACACCACAACUAGUAAAGGAUGUCGUGAAUGUGUUAAAUGUCAAAAAAUUCAAAUCAGUUUAUGGAUUGACUGAAACCAGUGCUGUUGUGUUCCAGUCACUUCCAGAAGAUGCUAAUGAGUCAGUUGAAGAAUUUGUUGGAGCUUGUAACAGUCAUUUGGAAGUGAAAAUUGUAGAUAAAGAUGGAAAUUCAGUUCCAUUUGGACAACCAGGAGAGUUGUGGGUUCGAGGAUACUCUACAAUGUUGGGGUACUGGAAUGAUCCUGAGAAGACCAAUGAAGUUUUAGGAAGUGAUAAAUGGUUCAAGACAGGAGAUCAGUUCAUACUCUACGAAAAUGGAUAUGGCAAAGUAUCAGGAAGACUAAAGGAAAUGAUUAUUCGUGGUGGAGAAAAUCUAUUUCCACGAGAAAUUGAAGACUUUUUGAAUACACAUGACAAUAUCUUGGAAACACAUGUUGUUGGCAUUCCAGACGAUAGAAUGGGCGAGGAAGUUGCAGCAUUCAUCAGACUAGAAGACAACACAAAACCAGUCACACGAGAUGACAUCAAGAAGUUCUGUCAUGGAAAAUUGGCUCAUUUUAAAGUUCCUAGAUAUGUCAUUGUUGUUGAUGAGUUCCCAAGAACUGUUUCUGGAAAGAUUCAAAAGUUUAGAUUUACUGAAGUUUUUGCAGACAAGCUCAAAGAAGCUAUUGGUAACAAGUCAUGAUGGAAGUAUUUAGAAUAUGUUUAUGUUAAUAUGUAAUUAAUUUUAAUGUUUAUGAAACUGCAUCUUUUAAAGAUCACAAAAUAAAAUUGGAUGCUUAAAGUGUC